AUGGACAUGGAUGACAGGAAAGUGGAAAAAGAGGAAAAGAACAGGUAUGAAGAGGACAAGCACAGGUAUGAAGAGGACAGGCACAGGUAUGAAGAGGACAAGCACAGGUAUGAAGAGGACAAGCACAGGUAUGAAGAGGACAAGCACAGGUAUGAAGAGGACAGGCACAGGUAUGAAGAGGACAAGAACAGGUAUGAAGAGGACAAGCACAGGUAUGAAGAGGACAGGCACAGGUAUGAAGAGGACAGGCACAGGUAUGAAGAGGACAAGCACAGGUAUGAAGAGGACAGGCACCGGUAUAAAGAGGACAAACACAGGUAUGAAGAGGACAGGCACAGGUAUGAAGAGGACAAGCACAGGUAUGAAGAGGACAGGCACAGGUAUGAAGAGGACAAGCACAGGUAUGAAGAGGACAGGCAUAAGUAUGAAGAGGACAAGCACAGGUAUGAAGAGGACAAGCACAGGUAUGAAGAGGACAAUCACAGCUAUGAAGAGAACAAGCACAGGUAUGAAGACGACAGGCACAGGUAUGAAGAGGACAAGCACAGGUAUGAAGAGGACAAGAACAGGUAUGAAGAGGACCGGCACAGGUAUGAAGAGGACAGGCACAGAUAUGAAGAGGACAAGAACAGGUAUGAAGAGGACAGGCACAGGUAUGAAGAGGACAGGCACAGGUAUGAAGAGGACAAGAACAGGUAUGAAGAGGACAGGCACAGGUAUGAAGAGGACAAGCACAGGUGUGAAGAGAACAAGCACAGGUAUGAAGAGGACAACCACAGGUAUGAAGAGGAUAGGCACAGGUAUGAAGAGGACAAGAACAGGUAUAAAGAGGACAAGCACAGGUAUGAAGAGGACAAGCACAGGUGUGAAGAGAACAAGCACAGGUAUGAAGAGGACAAGCACAGGUAUGAAGAGGACAACCACAGGUAUGAAGAGGACAACCACAGGUAUGAAGAGGACAACCACAGGUAUGAAGAGGACAACCACAGGUAUGAAGAGGACAGGCACAGGUAUAAAGAGGACAACCACAGGUAUGAAGAGGACAAGAACAGGUAUGAAGAGGACAAGCACAGAUAUGAAGAGGACAACCACAGGUAUGAAGAGGACAGGCACAGGUAUAAAGAGGACAACCACAGGUAUGAAGAGGACAAGAACAGGUAUGAAGAGAACAGGCACAGGUAUGAAGAGGACAAGCACAGAUAUGAAGAGGACAACCACAGGUAUGAAGAGGACAGGCACAGGUAUGAAGAGGACAAGCACAGGUAUGAAGAGGACAGGCACCGGUAUGAAGAGGACAAACACAGGUAUGAAGAGGACAGGCACAGGUAUGAAGAGGACAAGCACAGGUAUGAAGAGGACAGGCACAGGUAUGAAGAGGACAAGCACAGGUAUGAAGAGGACAGGCAUAAGUAUGAAGAGGACAAGCACAGGUAUGAAGAGGACAAUCACAGGUAUGAAGAGGACAAUCACAGCUAUGAAGAGAACAAGCACAGGUAUGAAGACGACAGGCACAGGUAUGAAGAGGACAAGCACAGGUAUGAAGAGGACAAGAACAGGUAUGAAGAGGACCGGCACAGGUAUGAAGAGGACAGGCACAGGUAUGAAGAGGACAAGAACAGGUAUGAAGAGGACAGGCACAGGUAUGAAGAGGACAAGAACAGGUAUGAAGAGGACAGGCACAGGUAUGAAGAGGACAAGAACAGGUAUAAAGAGGACAAGCACAGGUAUGAAGAGGACAAGCACAGGUGUGAAGAGAACAAGCACAGGUAUGAAGAGGACAAGCACAGGUAUGAAGAGGACAACCACAGGUAUGAAGAGGACAACCACAGGUAUGAAGAGGACAACCACAGGUAUGAAGAGGACAGGCACAGGUAUGAAGAGGACAACCACAGGUAUGAAGAGGACAACCACAGGUAUGAAGAGGACAAGCACAGAUAUGAAGAGGACAACCACAGGUAUGAAGAGGACAGGCACAGGUAUAAAGAGGACAACCACAGGUAUGAAGAGGACAAGAACAGGUAUGAAGAGAACAGGCACAGGUAUGAAGAGGACAAGCACAGAUAUGAAGAGGACAACCACAGGUAUGAAGAGGACAGGCACAGGUAUGAAGAGGACAAGCACAGGUAUGAAGAGGACAGGCACCGGUAUGAAGAGGACAAACACAGGUAUGAAGAGGACAGGCACAGGUAUGAAGAGGACAAGCACAGGUAUGAAGAGGACAGGCACAGGUAUGAAGAAGACAAGCACAGGUAUGAAGAGGACAGGCAUAAGUAUGAAGAGGACAAGCACAGGUAUGAAGAGGACAAGCACAGGUAUGAAGAGGACAAUCACAGCUAUGAAGAGAACAAGCACAGGUAUGAAGACGACAGGCACAGGUAUGAAGAGGACAAGCACAGGUAUGAAGAGGACAAGAACAGGUAUGAAGAGGACCGGCACAGGUAUGAAGAGGACAGGCACAGGUAUGAAGAGGACAAGAACAGGUAUGAAGAGGACAGGCACAGGUAUGAAGAGGACAAGAACAGGUAUGAAGAGGACAUGCACAGGUAUGAAGAGGACAAGCACAGGUGUGAAGAGAACAAGCACAGGUAUGAAGAGGACAACCACAGGUAUGAAGAGGACAAGAACAGGUAUGAAGAGGACAAGAACAGGUAUGAAGAGGACAGGCACAGGUAUGAAGAGGACAGGCACAGGUAUGAAGAGGACAGGCACAGGUAUGAAGAGGACAAGAACAGAUAUGAAGAGGACAGGCACAGGUAUGAAGAGGACAAGAACAGGUAUAAAGAGGACAAGCACAGGUAUGAAGAGGACAAGCACAGGUGUGAAGAGAACAAGCACAGGUAUGAAGAGGACAAGCACAGGUAUGAAGAGGACAACCACAGGUAUGAAGAGGACAACCACAGGUAUGAAGAGGACAACCACAGGUAUGAAGAGGACAGGCACAGGUAUGAAGAGGACAACCACAGGUAUGAAGAGGACAACCACAGGUAUGAAGAGGACAAGCACAGAUAUGAAGAGGACAACCACAGGUAUGAAGAGGACAGGCACAGGUAUAAAGAGGACAACCACAGGUAUGAAGAGGACAAGAACAGGUAUGAAGAGAACAGGCACAGGUAUGAAGAGGACAAGCACAGAUAUGAAGAGGACAACCACAGGUAUGAAGAGGACAAGAACAGGUAUGAAGAGAACAGGCACAGGUAUGAAGAGGACAAGCACAGGUAUGAAGAGGACAAGCACAGGUAUGAAGAGGAAAAGCACAGGUAUGAAGAGGACAAUGAUAAGGACAAGAACAGGUAUAAGAAGGACAAGUCAAAGUAUGUAGAGUCUGUCAGCUAUUAG